AUGGCAUUCAACAUGAAGUUAUUUGCAUUUCUUAUGUCGUUAUUUUUAUUAGUGCCAUUAUUUUUCACUACAAGUCAAGGAAGACCAACAAGAACCAAAACAAUCACGACCCGUAUCGGUGGUGCACCAACCCAACAACGGGUUUUAAGCAGAAGUCAUGCUCGAAUCUCAAUAGACAGCUACCCUUCAGUCCUUAUAACCAGCUACUUCAGGUUAAGCUGA